AUGGCGAGGUUUCAGUUGCUACGAGUCAACGUGAGCUGGACUGCGCUCUUAUGUCUGGCCCACUUCACAUACCUGCUGUUUGGGGCCACCAUCUUCCAGAUACUGGAGCGAGAAGCUGAGAGCGACAACCGAAACCACUUCCAGCUGGAGAAGCUACAUUUCUUGGCUAACUACACCUGCCUUGAUGGACCUGCCCUGGAGAAGUUUGUUCAUGUGAUUCUAGAUGCCUGGGAGAAGGGUGUGAAUCCCUCAGGGAACUCCACGAACCCCAGUAAUUGGGAUUUUGGAAGCUCCUUUUUUUUCGCGGGGACAGUGGUCACGACCAUCGGUUAUGGAAACCUCUGUCCGAGCACCGUGUCCGGUCAAGUGUUUUGCGUGUUUUACGCGCUCUGUGGGAUUCCUCUAAACCUGACUUUCCUGAAACAACUUGGCAAAUGUCUCACUGCCCACCUGGGCCGUCUCGAGAGGGGGAUGGUUGCAGCAGUUCCUCACAGGCGAGUGUUUGUAGCUCUGGCAGUGAGUUUAUUCUUCACCAGCGGCAGCCUACUGCUUCUGGUCAUCCCUCCUCUGCUGUUCAGUUACGUGGAAGGCUGGUCGUUCGGCGAGGGCUUCUACUUUGCCUUCAUUACCCUCAGCACCAUUGGCUUUGGAGAUUAUGUCGUGGGAACGGACCCGGACAAGGAGUACAUCUCUCUGUACCGCAGCCUCACAGGCAUCUGGAUCAUCUUUGGGCUCGCUUGGCUCGCUCUUGUCCUAAAUAUUGGAUCCAGAAUAAUGGAGAAUAUUGUUAUCCUGACUCAUCCUGGCUUUAAGAAACAAAAGGAGGAGGAAGACGAGGUGUCCUCCAAUAAACUUGAAGACACAUCAAAGAUCUGA